GCCUUUCAGCCCCAGCCCAGCUAGAGGCGGAUUUUUGAAAUUCAGAUGAGGGAGGCGUAAAUAUUUUAUUUGGGGAAAUGGUUUUUUCGCGUGCCUUCGUGUGAGCCGCUCUCUGUGCGAUGUAAGGCUGCGUUGAAAUUCACCUAGCUGGGCAGAUUUCGUGGCAGUUUUUUGACAGGGUUUACAAUUAGCUGAGCUCACGUUUGGGCCAGCCCUGCUCCGAAAAAGCGCCGGUUUGUACCUGUAAGGCUGGGCAGAGUGUACAAUGGCACAUCUCCUGUCUUGUGCAAAUACACGCUGCGAAAGGAGAACAGCCUGUAGCUGGGAAAAGGCAGCGUGCUGAAAAAGCAUCACUUGGGUCUUUAAUAUAGACAUUCUUACUCAAAACUGCCUCGAAAGGCGCAGAAGAGAUCACGCGUUGUUUUUUCCUUGAUAGAUGGGAAGAUAAUCCAACUUUUAUUUUUUCGUACUCAUCUCCCAUGUGUAACCUUCAAGUAGUGCUCAUAGUUGGAGAAAGAAGAAUGGUAGCGAUUCGAAGAAGUCUCUUUUAAUUUCUUUUUUUUUUUUUUUUUAAUUUUGGGCCUAAGAUGCGUUUGUUUUAAAGUUUUGAAGUGUUCAGCUUCUUUCUUCUAUUUUCUUCAGAGACGUUCACAGUAAAGAAGAGGUCACGGAGUUGAUGCGGAGCUGCUGGGAGCCGGGAUCUGCCCGGAGCACGAUGCCCUGCCCUGCCCCUGGCCUUGGCAAGCUGUGAGCUGCUCAUGUCCAUAAGGAGGAAGGAUGGCUCAUGGAAUUCCUUCACAAGGCAAAGUUACCAUAACGGUGGAUGAGUACAGCUCCAACCCAACGCAGGCGUUCACGCACUACAACAUCAACCAGAGCCGCUUCCAGCCUCCCCACGUGCACAUGGUCGACCCCAUCCCAUAUGACACUCCAAAGCCAGCGGGCCACACGCGCUUUGUCUGCGUCUCAGACACGCACUCCAGAACAGAUGGCAUCCAGAUGCCCUACGGGGACAUCCUGCUCCACACGGGUGACUUCACCGAGCUGGGACUGCCCUCCGAGGUUAAGAAGUUUAAUGACUGGUUAGGAAACCUACCAUAUGAAUAUAAAAUAGUGAUUGCUGGGAAUCAUGAACUGACAUUUGAUAAGGAAUUCAUGGCAGACCUUGUUAAACAAGAUUACUACCGCUUUCCCUCUGUGUCCAAAUUGAAACCAGAGGACUUUGACAAUGUUCAGUCACUCCUGACAAAUAGUAUUUACUUACAAGAUUCAGAGGUAACAGUUAAAGGAUUCCGAAUAUAUGGUGCCCCGUGGACACCAUGGUUUAAUGGAUGGGGCUUUAAUCUACCCAGAGGUCAGUCUUUGCUAGACAAGUGGAACCUUAUUCCCGAGGGAAUUGAUAUACUAAUGACACAUGGACCUCCCCUUGGUUUCCGAGACUGGGUUCCCAAGGAGCUGCAGAGAGUGGGCUGUGUGGAGCUGCUGAACACAGUGCAGAGGAGAGUCAGGCCCAAGCUGCAUGUCUUUGGUGGGAUUCAUGAAGGUUAUGGCAUCAUGACAGAUGGCUACACCACCUACAUCAACGCCUCCACGUGCACAGUCAGCUUCCAGCCCACCAACCCUCCCAUCAUCUUCGACCUUCCCACCCCUCAAGGAUCCUGAAGCACUACUGGGGAAGGUCUAUAAACUGCCAUUUUCUAAUUAAAAACUUACCUUCAUGUUUAUUUCAAAAUAGGGGCUAGGGGGGAUUUUGGGGGAGCCGUGGGGGGUUUUGUUUUGGGGUGGGGUUUGGGAUUUUUUUGUUUUGUUUUUUUUUAUUUGUAAAUUGCUGGUGCAAAAGAAACAGGAAGAGAAGUUAGAGGUUGUGCUUUUUGGAAAUGCAGCAUUCAUUUUAAAUUGAUAAAACAUUGUGAAUUUGUACAAUGAAUUUUGUUUUUCAAUAAAUUUGCCAUUGUAAAUUGUUAUAGUGUUCUCAAAAGGACAGCCAAGCUUUCUUUUAAUAAGUGAGAGACCUUAUUUUAAUAUUAUAUUAUAAGCUAAAAAAUAGGCAGCAUUUAAAUACACCCAAAUUUGCACAACUUUUGUUAUUGUCGGGGUUUUUUUAAGCGUCUUCUUUUUCCCUAAGUUUAAAUGUCAGCUUUUUAUCUCAAUUUAUAUCAUUUUUUUUAGUCGCACAAACAGUGUUUUGGGGUCCAUUUGCCUCUUGACAUGUGUGCAUGUACUUUAACUUGUUUCUAUUCAUGGUAGAAUGCAGCAAGGGGAGAAUAGACUUCUCAGUUGUUUGUCUCUACUUGCUUUAUAAAGACUGAUCUUGAUAGCCACAGCCUGUAUGUGAUAUCUACCUUCUGUUGUUUCUUUUUUUAAAUUAUUUUAGCUUUAAAAGACUGGGGGUGAAAGCUGCAAAGAGCAGGUAUUUCAUGCAGUAAAAAAAAAGAAAAAAAUUGUAAAUGCGGACUCCUUUUAAAUAUGAAUUUAUAUAUAUAUGUAUUUUUUGUGCAUUAUAACUAAGCUAGGAUUUAAUAUUGCCAGUAUAGCAUCUGCAAAAUUAUGCUGUACAGCACAUCUAAAUUAUGAAGGAUGUGACAUGUUUUUCCAAGUGCUCAAGGCCUUCAAGAGCCCGAGUUAAAUCUUUGUUGUAGUUCAGGCAUGUAUAGAGUCAAAUGGAUACAAUCAAGCCUAAAGAAAAUAAGGCUUAGUUGUCCUUUAUAUUUAAAUAUUCUUCUUGUCUUUUUUAUUUCCUUUUUCUUAUUUUGCACUGUGUGUAAAUGCAAUCUCACUAGCACAAAAUAUUGUUGCAGAUAGUUAUUUCUGUUCCACCACUGUAAAUGCUAUUGAGCUUCGUUCUGUUUAUGUUACCUUGUUAAUGGAAUUUAGAAAAGCAGUUGUUUCUUUAAAAUUAUUGUGAUAUUAUAUCUAGCGGCCUUUAUAUGCAAAUAAAAUUGCAAGAUUUUUAAAUACGUG